CCGGGACAGGAAGCGGAAAGCCGCCGCCUUCUCUCCGGGCCGGCGCAGGCCGCAGAGGCGCGAGCGCGGGCGGCGGAGCCCGCGGGGCCGGCGCCGAGUCCUAGAAUUGCUUCCUGUUAAAGAGCGGCUCCUGGGUCCUGGGACCCUUUGAGAUCUUCAGCAUCGCUUAGGUGAAAUUCUCUACCUCCAAGGAGAGCUGGGACCUGCUCUUCCUCCAGAGCAAGCUCUCCAGUGCUAUGGAUACCGAAUCCACCUACUCUGGAUAUUCAUACUAUUCAAGUCAUUCCAAAAAAUCUCACCGGCAGGGGGAAAGAAAUCGAGAGAGGCAUAAAUCACCCCGAAGUAAAGAUGGCAGAGGAUCAGAAAAAUCUGUCACCAUUCAAGCUCCCACAGGAGAGCCGCUGCUCGCUAAUGACUCCAGUAGGACUGAGGAAGUCCAGGACGACAACUGGGGUGAGACCACAACAGCUAUCACGGGCACCUCGGAGCACAGCAUCUCACAGGAGGACAUCGCCCGCAUCAGCAAGGACUUGGAGGACAGCGUGGGGCUGGAUUGCAAGCGCUACCUGGGCCUCACGGUGGCUGCCUUUCUGGGCCUCCUAGUUUUCCUCACCCCCAUUGCCUUCAUCCUGCUGCCCCCCAUCCUGUGGCGGGACCAGCUGGAGCCUUGCGGCACAAUUUGUGAGGGACUCUUUAUUUCUGUGGCCUUCAAGCUCCUCAUCCUCCUCAUCGGCACCUGGGCCUUGUUUUUCCGCAAGCAGAGAGCAGAUGUGCCACGGGUGUUUGUGUUCCGUGCCCUUCUGCUGGUCCUCAUCUUCCUCUUCGUGGUUUCCUAUUGGCUUUUUUACGGGGUCCGGAUUUUGGACUCUCGGGACCGCAAUUACCAGGGCAUUGUGCAGUAUGCUGUGUCCCUGGUGGACGCCCUGCUCUUCAUCCACUACCUGGCCAUCGUCCUGCUAGAGCUCCGCCAGCUGCAGCCCAUGUUCACGCUGCAGGUGGUUCGCUCCACAGAUGGCGAGUCCCGCUUCUAUAGCCUGGGACACCUGAGUAUUCAGCGAGCAGCAUUGGUGGUUCUGGAAAAUUACUAUAAAGAUUUCACCAUCUAUAACCCCAACCUCCUAACAGCGUCAAAAUUUCGAGCGGCCAAGCACAUGGCGGGUCUGAAGGUCUACAAUGUUGAUGGGCCCAGCAACAAUGCCACGGGUCAGUCCCGGGCUAUGAUCGCUGCGGCCGCUCGGCGCAGAGACUCCAGCCACAAUGAGCUCUACUAUGAAGAGGCUGAGCACGAGCGGCGGGUGAAGAAGCGGAGAGCCAGGCUGGUCGUUGCGGUGGAGGAGGCUUUCAUCCACAUCCAGCGUCUGCAGGCCGAGGAACAGCAGAAAGCCCCCGGGGAGGUGAUGGACCCCAGAGAGGCCGCACAGGCCAUCUUCCCCUCCAUGGCCCGGGCCCUGCAGAAGUACCUGCGCACCACGAGGCAGCAGCACUACCACAGCAUGGAGAGCAUUCUGCAGCACCUGGCCUUCUGCAUCACCAACAGCAUGACCCCAAAGGCCUUCCUCGAGCGUUACCUCAGUGCAGGCCCCACGCUGCAGUAUGACAAGGAGCGCUGGCUAUCCACACAGUGGAGGCUCGUCAGCGACGAGGCUGUGACGAACGGGCUGCGAAACGGCAGCGUGUUUGUCCUCAAGUGCUUGGACUUCAGCCUCGUGGUCAAUGUGAAGAAGAUCCCCUUCAUCGUUCUCUCCGAGGAGUUCAUAGACCCCAAGUCUCACAAAUUUGUCCUCCGCUUACAGUCCGAGACUUCAGUUUAAGGUUUUAUAUUUGUGGUUUUAUUAAAAGGAAAAGGAAAGAAUAUAUAAAGAUAUAUAUGUAUACCAGAGAGGCAUCUUUUUUUUUUUUAAAUUCUUCAUUGUUGACUACAACUGGCGGAUGCUAGACCAGCACCCUUUGCCCGUCUGCACUUUAUUUGGAAGGAAGCAGGGGCUGCCCGCCCUGACCAAGAAGGCACUGAUGCCGUCGGCGUGCACGGACAGGCCGUCUCAGCAGCCGUUCCCUGGCACGUCUGUGACAGCUGUAACCAAAGCGGAAUUGCUGCUCCUCGGAACCUCGCCUUCCACCCGCCUUUGUUCCACCGUGUCCUCUGCGGCUGCCCGUCCACUCGAGACUUGUAGGGGACACAUCUUUCUUGUGUUUCAGGAACCAGACAUGACAUGUCUGCAUAUGUCUCUGUGUCUGUUAUUGUCCGGCAUAAUGUCCCCCACAGAGCCAUGGGCCAUCCAGGAGAUGCCUGCCUUCCUCUUUGUUCUUUGUUGCCUUACGUUCUUCAGAGAAAAAUUACAGCCAGUGGGCACUGGCCGUUUAAGGCUCUUAAUGAUUCUGUUUUAUUUUUUCCCAAAGAGAAAAACCACCUGCCCUGGUUCUGGUCUGCUUCCCCACUG